GCGAGAAGUGAUGCUGAUAUCUUCACUCAGCAUAGAGGAUGCGAUCGGUCACAUCCUUGCAAUUUAUCGGCACACGCGGAACCCAAUGUGACAAUGAGAUGCCGAUCAAUGCAUCCCACCUCGCCACAAAAACGACGCCCAAAGUAACUCUCAGGUAGCGCCUCUUUGGAAACCUUUCCGAUGCAGAACUCCGCACCAGCGCACUCCGGGAUGGUGAGCCACUGUCAGCCGACCUUCGGUAACUUCGCGGCCGCGCACGGCGUCGCUCGAGCGGACACGUGGGCGCGGCGCGCCGGCUUCGGUGGGGGGCACGUUUACCAGCACCACCAGCACCACCAGCACCACCAGCAGGUGGACACGAAGCGAGCGGGCGACACCCCGGGUGUAAAAGCGCAUGUGGCUGCCAAAGCUCCGCGAUCCUGCUUCACGUUCCCUCCGAUGCAAGGUAACAACAGCUACUGCUUAGAAAAAAAUGGCGACGCUGAGCUGGGGGGCAGCCAGGGCGCCAUGAUGCCACGUGGGCAGACUUUGCCGCUGCCCUUGGGGGGUCACCCAGGGGGGCUUUACCCGCAGAGCCUCCAUUGCGACAGUCCUGCACCCGAUCAUCUUCUGCAGGACAGCCCUCACCAGAACGCCAGGUCAUCCACUUUUCAGAGGACCCUGCCGGGGGCCUCGCCUGGCCUGAGCUGCGGCGGCGCCGACGGGGCUCUAUCGGCUCUGCCGUACUCAAUCAAAGAAGAGGACGUGAUGGGCUACGCCGUUUCGAGCAUGGCGCCCAGGGUCCAGGCCGGGUUUCACAACUCGAGGUCCGGGAUGGUUCUGAGGACGUCAAGGGACGAGAUGGCACACGCUGGCGACAACGGCGGCGAUAGCAUGCGUAUGGCGAGCAACGCUGCAUCGGGGGAUCUGUCGCAAGCCUUUAAUAAUGAAGACGGCUCCUCCCCGUCGGCUUUGUCCCCAGCGAGCUCCCGUCAUUCGGCGCGUCUGCUCAGCGCCGGCAGUCUGAAAAGACGUCGCCUUUCGCCGGUCUCGCAGUCCGGCGUCCAAACCGGCAGCGUCGCAGAUUCCCCGUCUGGGACCAGAACCGCCCCCGAGGAGAUCAACAUCACCGCCAUCAUCUGUGCCUCGUCGCAGAUGUCCAUGGUGGCUUGCGUCAACGGCUUCCGCGCUAACCUCUCGCCCAGCCACACCGGCAACGGCAGAUUCUCUUCUCCCUCUUCCUCCUCCUCUUCAUCGUCAACAUCCCCGCCGAGUAUCCCCUGCUCUCGGGAAGCCCCUCACAAACCCCCGCAGCACCAAAGCCCCCAGCAGCCCACGCUGCAGGAGAGCUAUCUGCUGUCAAACUCACCUGCCACCUGCCUGCUGUCCCUGUCCUCUUGCUCCUCUUCCUCGUCGUCGGUGUCUUCGGUGGAGCCGGAGCAAGGCCAGGGGCGGUGCGAGGAGCGGGGCUCCAUGCAGCUGGGCCGUGAGGCCGGAGGGCCCCCCUUGGGGAAUGCGGGAGGCGGCUCAGAUGGGUUGGGCCUAUUCAUGCUAAUGUCAGGGACGCUACAAACGGCGCAAGAAAGCGGGGCUCUUUUGGACAGGAGUCAAAGAUCGGGGACUGAAAACGGGGCGGUCCUGGACGGGAACAAAAGAUCGGGGUCUGAAACCGGGGCUCUGCUGGACAUGAGCCAAAGAUCGGGGGCCAGCCUCAAGCAGGAGCCUUUAGAUGACUUCACCGCCAGUGACGAUGAACUCUUGCAACAUCGCUACCACCAACAUUUAAGUGGUCGCCAUGGAAACCUCCGUCACCUCCAUCAACACCCCCGCGCCACCAUGCCGCCGCCGUACCACCUGCACCAAUAUGCGGGGGGCGGCCCUCUGAAUAGCCAUCAACCGGCACCGGGCUCUUCCCCGGGACUCAAGUCGUUGUCGUCCGGAGGCCCCCCUGGCUUCCACGCGGGCAUGGAGAGUGAGGAAGUAGGCCUAACGCAGGCCGAUAAGCAGUCAUGUCGCUGGAUUGACUGCAAUGCUGCCUACGAGCAACAAGAGGAGCUCGUCCGGCACAUUGAAAAGGUCCACAUCGACCAACGCAAAGGUGAGGACUUCACCUGCUUCUGGGCCGGAUGCAUCCGGCGCUACAAGCCCUUCAACGCCCGCUACAAGCUGCUCAUUCACAUGAGGGUUCACUCUGGGGAGAAACCCAACAAGUGUAUGUUUGAGGGCUGCAACAAAGCGUUUUCACGUCUGGAGAACUUGAAGAUCCACCUGAGGAGCCACACGGGGGAGAAGCCGUACCUGUGCCAGCACCCCGGCUGCCAGAAAGCUUUCAGCAACUCCAGCGACCGAGCCAAGCACCAGCGCACUCACCUGGACACGAAACCGUACGCGUGUCAGAUCCCCGGUUGCACCAAGCGCUACACCGACCCCAGCUCACUGCGCAAGCACGUCAAGAUCCACUCGGCCAAAGAGCAGCAGGUGCGUAGAAAGCUCCGUCCGUGUCCUCACCUGGAGCAGGACGUGCUGAGUGACUGUCUGUCCAUGCAGACUCAACUUCUGUACGGCAACAAGGAAAGCUGCUCCCCAGGGAUGAGCCAAGACGUCUUUACAGGCUUGUACGCCGGCACCCCUAACCACCACCACCACCACCACAGCGCCGAGCUCCUCUCGCCCCCCGCCGCCGCCAGCGCGACUGCCGCCGACCUGCCCUCGCGACAGCACUGCCUGGAGCCGGACCUUAACAGCCCGCGCCAUCUUUCGCCCAUGGCCGCCUUGGACGGCAACAGAGACGGGGUGUCAGGUCCACUCCUAUCUCCAGGGAUGAAGGGAACAGGCACCCCUCCGCCCCCUCCUCCUCCCCCACCCACAUUGGAGAAGCAUCAGGUCCAAGCUCAGCACAAGACCUUCCCUCACUAUCACCAACAUCAGACCCCCAACAACGAAUUCCAAGGUAGCUUCCAGAGCUGCUUCCACUUCUCGGACUCCUUCCGAAGCAUGGAGCAGACGGUGAGCGAUUCUCACGCCUACACUUCCCAUCAGCACAAUGGCUUCCACAUGGCCACUAGCAACUGUCUGGGCACCGCAGGUUUCAAUUUGAGCCAGGAGCUGCAAGGCAGUGCAGGCUGUCAGUUCUCCUCCAGUCCAGAGGAGGGCGCCUUCUUCCAGACAGGCAGCUUUGAGCGUAGCCUUGGUCACAUGUCGUCGGUGUACACAGAGUCGUAGACACAGAUAUAUUUAGAAUGUUUUGUUAUUACGUCACACGUGCUUUGCACUCAUACAUGAACGCUAAUUUUGAUUUUUAUGUACUGGAAAAAUCUUAAGCAGGCCUCUUUUGAGAAGAUUGCUUUAGCGCUAUCUGGUGGCAUCUUGAGGUCAAGGACAUUUAAAGUGAGUUGUGCUUCAUUUAGACAAAAGUAGUUAUUUGCCGCCAUUGUGUGGUAUCUAUAGGUAAUUACAGCUGUGGCAGUUGAGUAGGGGUGUCAAUUGCUAUUUCUAAAUUAUAAUAGUGGGGCUUCACUAUACCAAAGAGAGCCAUCAAAUUCUGCAAAAUGGUUCCACAAUCACUUUUAUUGGCCCGAAAGAAGAAA